UUUAAGUGUUAGUACAGAGUAACAGGCCUACCAAUAGUGAGGAAUACAAAUGAUGGGGAAAAGCAGUAAGAUAUGACAAAGAGAAGAGAUUCCAGUAGAUCAGUUUUCAACUUGCCAAGGAGAGGUGAAUUUUCAGAAUUCUUUGUAAAUGUUAAAGAAAAUGAGAAAAACAAUUUUAAGUACAGUCUCUCAAAUCUAUUGCUUGUAAGUAAAAUUGAAAGAUGGGGCUCACUGGGAAUACUAAGCCAAAUUGCUCUGGCUGGGAACUUUUCUCUCAUUUUUUCUUGUUUCCAUGUUUUCAGAGGAGAAAAGUCAAAGUAUGAAAUGGCUGGAGAAAAUCAGAGGCCAUCCUUCAAGUUCCUGCUCCAAGAGUAUCUGUUGAAUGGAGAACGACAAGAGGUUCUCUUUUUGUUGUGCUAUGCCAUUAUUCUUAUGGGAAAAUUGGGUCCAUUCCUAUCAUUCCAACUAGGCCAGUAUAUCCCCUGUGCUCAGCACUGAUUCCUUAGUCCUCACUUUUAUGUGGAUCUCUUCUGUUUCUCCCAAGUACUUUAUACUUUGGCACCAAGUUGUGCAGCUGUUAACUUUGCCCAUAGGAAUUUCCCAAGUGCCUUCACUCUCCCUGAACAGUUUCCCCAAAUAUCAAUGCUCUAUAGUCCUUAUACAUCUGUCUGUCACGUUCUCUGCUACUAUUCAGUAAUUAUGUCCAGGAUGGCCUGCAGUCAGCUGGUAAUGACCAUUUUUGCCCAUGGUUUUCUCAGCGUGAUGAUAUGCACAGUUUCAACUUCUCAGUUAUUUUUCUUUGACUCCAAUAUCCUCCAUGCCUUGUCUUGCCCUGACCCACAGAUACUUACCCUAGCCUCUUUGGACACUUGCCCUCAAGGAAACCAGCUGUUUAUUAUUGGAACAGUGAGUUUUACCAGCUCUCUCCUGACUGUCCUCAUCUCCUUUGUUUGUUUCCUGACUGUCUUCAAGAUCCUGUCCUCCAAAAGAACGUUCAAAACCUUCUCUAGUUGUGUCUCUCCCUUUUCAGUUGCCUCUUUAUUCUAUGAGACUUCCUUCUUUGAGAGGGUAACAGUCCAGUUCAACUUCUACUCUGAAUUAUGA